AUGACAGAGCCACUGGCACUGCCACCACCAGCCGGGUCGGACGUGCCAGUGGGCUCUGCCUGGCACAAGAUGUGGCUGCUCAUUGCAAUCCUGUUCUUCGUACAAGCACCCACAAGCUCUGAAGAUGCCGCCAAGCAGAAAAAGGCUCUGAAUCCCGAGGCUCUCAUGAACGUUAGCCAAAUCAUCUGCCACAGAGGGUACCCCAGUGAGGAGUAUGAAGUGCUGACUCGUGAUGGCUACUACAUCCACCUGAACAGAAUUCCUCACGGAAGAGAAAAGCCUAAGAACAGAGGGGCCAAGCCAGUCGUGUUUCUCCAGCACGGGAUAUUUGGAGAAGGCAGCCACUGGGUGGAAAAUUUGGCUAACAACAGCCUUGGCUUCAUACUAGCAGACUCUGGCUAUGAUGUGUGGCUGGCAAACAGCCGGGGGACGAGCUGGUCCCGGAGACACCAGCACCUUUCAGCUGACCAGGUGGAAUUCUGGGAUUUCAGCUUCCAUGAGAUGGCAACGUACGACCUUCCGGCCACCAUCGACUUUGUGCUACAGAAAACGGGGCAGAAGCAGCUCCACUACGUUGGCUACUCCCAGGGCUGCUCAAUUGCGUUUAUUGCGUUUUCAUCCAUGCCCGAACUGGCUCAGAAAGUCAAAAUGUUUUUUGCCCUGGCUCCAGUAGUGUCACUCAAGCACACCAGAAGUCCAUUCAUGAAGAUGCAGGUCCUUGUGGACAACAAGCUCAAGAUGAUUCCGCUGCUGCUGGGCAGAACGGACGCGUCCCUGCGCAUCAGGAAGCUGUGGCGCUUUCUCCCCGAGCUGUGCAGGCACACGCUGCUGCACCAGCCCUGUGCCAACCUCCUCUUCCUGCUGGGUGGCUACAACGAGAAGAACCUCAACAUGACACGGCUGGAUGUGUACACAUCCCACUAUCCGGAUGGCACCUCUGUCAAAAACAUCGUCCACUGGGCCCAGGUGAUAAAAUCUGGAGAAUUCAAAGCCUUUGACUACGGCAGCGAGAACGCAGCUAGGUACCACCAGGACACACCGCCCUUGUACCGCGUGGAGGAGAUGCCAGUGCCCACCGCGGUGUGGUCAGGAGGGCAGGACUGGGCAGCUGACUGGAGGGACGUGCUCCAGCUGCUGCCCCGCAUCAGCCACCUCAUCACCUACACCCACAUCCCCGACUGGAACCACUGGGACUUUGUCUGGGGCCUGGAUGCCCCUGGGCGCCUCUACAGCAGCAUCCUGAAGCUGAUGGAGGGGUCCCGGUAGAGCAGCGGCUCCCGGGGGAGGUGCUGGUGGCCUGGCCCCUGUCCCUCAGCUGAGACAGCCCGAGGAGAGGGUGGGACACUCCUGCUGUCCCCUCCUUCAUGCUUGUGGUGAUGGUGCUUU